AUGAGAGAGUCACAGAACAUAUGGGAUGAUAUUUCCCAAACACAGGAAGGUGUUGUUAUGGUCACAGGACAGUGGCUCUAUCAUCUAGAAGAAGUAGAUAAGAAAACCGGAUCAGUCAUGCAUAAGUGUUUGGUGCACUUCAUACCUCAAAAUAAGCAGAUUACAGGCCGCACUGCAGGAGCAGUCAUGCAUAAGUGUGUGGUGCACUUCAUACCUCAAAAUAAGCAGAUUCCAUGCUACAAACAACAUCCCGGGUUCAUCGUGAAAAAACUUAAUGAAACUGAACAGAGGAGGCUCUUCAACUUAACUGACAAAGAUUACAAGGACAAUAAGCAGCACGAGGUUAACCUCCUUGUUUAG